GCCACCGCAUGUCAGUUUCAGCUCGGAGCGGAGUAGGUUGUGAGCGCAUCGCACAGAUAAUCGAGCGAAGUUACGCCGCACACUCGAUUGAUUGUUUACGUUCCCGCAGUUUGACAGGUGUUUUUCGGUUUUUGCGUGGCGAGGAAGUGAAGUCGGUCACAAAUGCGUGAUUCCCAGAGGCGUCAAAGACAUUGAUAACCACCGAAUGACCACAAUGAGCAACGACAUCGUAGUGGUGAGGCUGGAAAAAGUCAUCUUGGAUGUGAUUCUGCUGAAUUGCGUGGGCUGGCCCAUCCUUUUUCUGUUCCUUUGGGGCAGCGCCUACCAACGAGGUUUCUUCUGCAACGACACCAGCCUCAGGCACCCAUACCAUGAGUCCACAGUACCCAGUUGGACGCUCUAUAUUACAGGGAUUGGCCUCAACUGUGCUGUGAUGGCGCUUACGGAAUAUCUGAACCGGCCUAACGACAGUCGCGAGGUAAUCUUCCUCGGCGUGAAGAUCCCCAACUGGAUCUACAACAUCUACUGCGUGAUAGGUAUCUUCGCCUUCGGAGCUGCCUGCUCACAACUUACCACCGACGUGAUGAAGUAUACCAUCGGUAGACUUAGGCCGCACUUCUUCACGGUAUGCCUGCCAGACGUGUGCAACGGUUCGUACCCAGACUAUCAGUACCACGAGAACUACACCUGCACCAACGCCCUCUACAAGAAUAACAAGCGCAUUAUGAAGGAAAUCAGGUUAUCAUUCCCCUCUGGACAUUCCUCGUUCUCAAUGUAUACAAUGGUUUAUUUCGCGAUCUACUUGCAGAAGAGGAUGACAUGGGACGGAUCCAAGCUGUUAAAGCACACGUUGCAGUUUCUGGCCGUCCUUUCUUCCGUUUUUACGGCUAUGACUAGAGUAUCGGACUACAAGCACCAUUGGAGCGAUGUCCUUAUUGGGCUGUUACUUGGGGCUACCGUGGCUAUCAUUACAGGUACAUGUUUUUCCAAUCUAUUCAGCAAGCCACGGAAUGACCUCAUCUUAAAGAUGGAACAAGCAGAACUACGGAACUUAAACGGCAAUGGCAGCCACAAUGUUUAGCAUUGUUCAGUCUCACUUGGGCUCAAAGCCCCUAAAUGUUGGUCAAUUUGAUGUGUAUCGUGAGCUGAAUGGAAGCAAAAAUUCUUUGUGUGUAGACCCUUUCAAGUUGACUGACUAUAGUUUGAUUGUCCCAUAGCUUUAACAAAUUAGUUUUAAAGGAACCGUUGGUUUGUUUGGUCAAAUAUUUGACCCGACUGGAUUAUGUAAAACUGGUAUUAUCGAAAAAUCUAUUUUUCCAAUCGACUAUCAGCCUAAAUAUGUGAAUAUUUACUGUGCAAGUUCAUAGACUAGAUUUUGAACGUUUUUACCCAACUUUCCAAGAAAACUGCCAAUGAUUCGGUAGAUUGUAAUAAUUUGUAGCAGCAAUAAUUUCUAAGGGCACGUGCAGUAAUUGAGUAGCUAAUUGUAAUUUCGAGUUGGCUUUAUUUGCAUUUAAGUUAAGGGUUAUUUUUAGGUAGUAAAAUGUAAAUUGUUGUCCAAGGCUUAUCAGUUACUCGAUAACUAAACGAUGCCCUGACGACUGUUUUUGGCAGCAGUUGUAUGAAUGUAUAUAAUCACGUGAGGUUAUAAAAGAAGUAUUUUAUAUAUUUAAUGUUUAGUUCAAUUUAUUUAUUAUAUAGUUUUUGUUGACAAGUAUUAUUUGUAAAAUAUAUAAGAUUUUUUCGUACUUAUAUGCAAUGUUUCUUUAAUGAAUGUACAAAUGAUUGUUUAUUCUUCUUUUCUGAUGACUAUUGGAAUCCUCUGUUUUUUUUAUUUUAUUUUUGUGAACUCUUCAGAGUAUAAAUUUUUUUCAUAUACCUCAUGAUUUACUUUAUGUGAUAUUUGAAAGUAAUGUAAUGCUUAUAUUUUCCUAAUAGGAGAUUUAUUUACAUUUAAGUUAUUGAGUAUUUAUUAAUGGUUCAAAAAGCAUUUAAAAUAUACUC